AUGGUGAAUGCGGUCUGGGCCUAUGCGCAGGUGGUUUUUUGUCGCCAGCGGCUUCUGGACUCGAUCGGGGAGACGGCCAUCCUGCACAGCAGUGAGUGGCACCCUCGGGAUCUCGCCAACGCAGUGCAGGCUCGGGCACGCCUGGUGGCUGUGGACAAGGCGCCAACUUCUGCGGCCUCAAAGGCAUCCUUGGCGCAGAUUUGGCGCAUGAACCAGCAGGACCUCGCGAACAGUGCCUGGUGCUUCACGUCUCUGGAGGCGCAGGGCGCUGCUUCGUUGGGGGCGACUGCUGGGCGCCUCCUGGAGCUGCUGGAGGCGUCCCCCGAGCUGCCCGAGGCUGCCCGCGACGUGGCCCUCCUGGCGUGGGCGUUGGCAAAGCUGGCUUUGGCGGAGCUGCCCGUCAUGGGCGCGGCCGCUGCCCUGAGUUUGCGGCAGAUCCGGGCCAGGAGCAGUGGGCCGCAGGCAUCGUCCAACACCGCCUGGGCUUUCGCCACCAGCGCCACACGGAGUGAGCCCUUGUCCGGGGCCACUGCGAGGCUCUCCUUGGAGAAGCUGGUGGAGCUCGACGCGCAGGAGCUGACCAACACGUCCUGGGCGCUCGCGGAGGCUCGGCACCGCAGCCUGGCCUUGAUCGAAGCCAGCUCCGUGGCCCUGGGGCAGUUCCUGGGGGAGGGCAUGAGCCAGGAGGAGGCGUCCCGGGGUGGCUAUGCCAUGGCGUGGGCACAGGACCGCCAUGGCCGCCCAGACCUGACCCGAAAGCUGGUGUCCCAGUUCAUGGCUGAGGCCAAGUGUCACAGCAUGGCGUGGGGCCUGGUGAUCCAAGAUGAGGAGUGGCGCCGCCGAGCGCCCCCAAAAGGCGCCGCAGCCGCCCUGCAGGCAAUGUACCGCACGGCGGACUUUGGUGUGCGCUGA